AUGCGAGCCCAGCCCCAAUCACCACAGUUCCUCCCUCAGAAACAACAACUACAACAAUCACAACUGGAGCCGCUGUCCCAACCCCCAGCUUCGCAGCAACAGCUACCAGUUCAUAGUCCAGUUGUAGCAGCACACAUGGCUCAAACACAAGCAGUAUCACACGCCCAGGCUCAAGCCCAGGCCCAAGCUCAAGCGCAGGCUCAGGCUCAGGCUCAGGCUCAGGCUCAAGCUCAAGCUCAAGCUCAAGCUCAGGCACAAGCACAGGCACAAGCACAAGCACAGGCACAGGCACAGGCACAGGCACAAGCACAAGCACAGGCGCAAGCACAAGCACAAGCUCAGGCGAUGUAUGCAAAUGAACCAGCGGCUAUAUUGGCCGAAACAACAGCAGCCACAUGGUUAGCCAUUGGGUCACUUGCUGAGUCACUUGGAGAUUUAGAAAAGGCACUCACCUCCUAUGAUGCUGCCUUAAGACAUUGUCCCAACAACCCCGAGAUCUUGACCAAAUUAGCCAACAUUUACCGUUCCAAAGAUGUAUUCUUCAAGGCUGCCGAGUUCUACGAACAAGCAUUAAACUUUAACCCUGAAAACGGUGAAACGUGGGGGCUCUUGGGCCACUGCUAUUUAAUGUUGGACGACUUGCAAAGAGCAUAUGCUGCGUACCAAAGUGCGUUGUACUAUUUGGAGAACCCCAACUCGCCCAAAUUAUGGCAUGGAAUUGGGAUUUUGUAUGAUCGUUAUGGUUCAUUGGAAUACGCCGAAGAAGCGUUUGUCAGAGUGUUACGAUUAGAUCCACAGUUUGAAAAGUCGAAUGAGAUUUACUUUCGUUUGGGGAUCAUCUACGGCCAUCAAGGCAAAUUGCAAUCGGCGCUCGAAUGUUUCCAAUAUAUUCUCAAUAAUCCUCCUCAUCCUUUGACUCAACCCGAUGUUUGGUUCCAGAUUGGGUCGGUUUUUGAGCAAAUGAAAGACUGGGCCGGUGCCAAAGCGGCCUACGAGAAAGUGUUACAGGUGAAUCCUCAACACGCCAAAGUAUUACAACAAUUGGGUUGUCUUUAUCUGCAAGCCGAAGACACAGAGACCGCUGUUACCUCUGCCUCCAAUGGUGGCGGUAGCGCUCAGAAUGGGUCUGCUAACGGUUCUACAUCGGCUAAGUUCCAACAGGAUCUUUCUAUGGCGUUGAAGUAUCUUACUCAAUCGUUAGAAAUCGACCAAAGUGAUGCGCAUACGUGGUACUAUUUAGGUCGGGUUCAUAUGAUCAGAGGAGACUUUAAUGCGGCGUAUGAGGCCUUCCAACACGCGGUGAACCGUGACUCCCGGAACCCAACCUUCUGGUGUUCGAUUGGUGUUCUCUAUUAUCAGAUUGCCCAAUACCGUGACGCUUUAGAUGCGUAUACCAGGGCCAUCAGAUUGAACCCUUACAUCUCUGAAGUUUGGUAUGAUCUCGGAACCCUUUAUGAAACGUGUAACAAUCAAAUCAGCGAUGCCUUAGAUGCGUAUCGUCAAGCAGAACGAUUGGAUCCAGACAACCUUCAUAUUAAAGCAAGGUUGGAAGAGUUGAUCAAAUACCAACAAGAAGGUCAAACCCAUGCUCCUCAACCCCCACCAGUCAACCAACAACCUCGAAUGCCUCAAGGAAUGGUGUUGGAACAGCAACAGCAACCUCCACAGCACCCCUCUCAACAACCUCCUCAACCUCCUCAACAGCCUCCAUCAACAGCAGCUCAUGUUCCAGUGCCACCUGCACCCAUCCAAGCCUUGGCUCCUCAUCCUCCGGGAACCCAACAGCCACCACCACCUCAGUUAUCGUUACAGCAACCAGGUAGUACUCAACCACAACAAUUCCAAUCUCAGAUUCCUCCUCCAACCAUUGCUCACCAACAAAUCCCCCCACUUAUCCAAUCACAAUCACUGUCACAAGCUUCGCCACCUCCUCCACCAACUACUUCCAACCAAUUGCAACCUGCUGAGAAGUUGGCCUCCAUCCAAAGUGGAGGGCCACCACCACCACCAAAUCAACUUCCUCAACCCUCUCAACAGUUGCCUCAGAUCAAAAAAGAGAACGGACUUGUCAAUAACAAUGCUCUACCUUCAAUACAACACUCUCCGGUCAAUGGGAAACGGGAAUUAGAAGAGAAGGCCGAUGAUAAAGUUGCUAAGAAGCCCAAUGUUGCCGGUACUCCGGUUCAGGCCUCGAAACCCGCACCUCCGACAACGGCACCGCAACUUAAUAUGUCACCCAAGGGAGGAUUGGACUCACUUAUGAAUGCAGCUGCAGCCGUAGCUGAACAAGAAGCCAUGAGAAGAAAAUCAGAAGAAAUUGCAAAGAUUGUUCCUGUUUCGGCGGCCACAACAACAUCCACCUCUGUGCCGACCCCACCAUCUACAACCCAUAAAUCGGAAAACUCGCCUACUCCAACUCCGGCUCCGGCCCCAAAGCAGGCUCAAGCACAAGCUCCGGUACAGACACAAGCUCCACCAGCUCCAGCUCAACCACCAGCACAAGCUAAUACCGAGGAGAAUGGCACCACGGCAAUAGAUGUGGUUGAACCACCUUUACGGAAAGUCACAGUGGAUGAAGAUUAUGAUGAUGAGUAG